CGCCACAUUAAUCACCAACGCACCGAGCGGACGUUGCUGUGGCCUGGCGAUUCUUGUCAACAUUGACGAGAGUGUCGACGGCAUUUCUGUCGGGGUUUUUUAACUCCACCGGGUUCUUCGGAUGUCUAAGUACAGACUGGUUCUGCUGAGGCAUGGCGAGGGCGCCUGGAACAAGGAGAACCGCUUCUGCAGCUGGGUCGACCAGAAGCUGAGCGAGGAAGGGGUGAAGGAAGCCCGGGACUGCGGCAGGCUUCUCAAGGAGCAGGGAUACAAGUUCGACUUGGUGUUCACCUCCCUGCUCAGCCGCUCCAUCCACACGGCGUGGCUGGUGUUGGAGACCAUGGGCCAGGAGUGGGUCCCCGUCGUCAAGUCGUGGCGGCUCAACGAACGCCACUACGGAGCCUUGAUCGGACUCAACCGGGCAGAAAUGGCUCUGCAGCACGGCGAGCAAAAGGUGAAGCAGUGGAGAAGGAGCUACAACAUCUCUCCGCCUCUGAUUGAUGAGUCCCACCCUUACUAUACGGAGAUCUACAACGACCGCAGAUACGCCACGUGCGACGUGCCGAAGGAGAACCUCCCCCGAGCGGAGAGCCUGAAGGAGGUUCUGGACAGGCUGCUGCCGUACUGGAACAGCACCGUGGUCCCGGAGAUCCAGAAAGGCAAGACCAUCCUCAUUUCUGGUCACGGGAACAGCUGCAGGGCCAUCCUUAAACACUUGGAAGGUGUUUCGGACGAAGACAUCGCCAGCGUGACUCUACCCACUGGGGUGCCUGUGCAGCUAGAGCUGGACGAGAACCUCAAACCAGUGAAGCCUCGCCAGCUGCUGGGAGACCAGGCCAAGAUUCAGGCCGCCAUUAAAAAGGUGGAGGACCAGGGCAAGGCUAAACAAGCCACUUGACCACAUGCACACACACACACACACACACACACACACACGCGCGCCGCCUUUACCGCCUACUGCCUGGAUUAUUACAUCCGGCGAAAAGCUACAAUCUUAAACAGACUUGAAUUAUUCUGUAUUGCAAAAUUAGCCAAUAACAACAACAACAACAACAACUCAUUGCAGUUGUGAGGCUCCUAGGUGUCAAUGUUACACUUGCAACAAUGUGUGAUUGUUGGUUUAAGCAGGAUACACUGGAAAUGUUGGAGAUCGGUAAAUCAAUGUGUACUCUAAAUGUCUUAGCAAGCUACUGGACUGUGUUUUGUGUGUAAAUGUUGAGGGUAAAACUCUGCUCCUUGUCUUAUCUAUUUGUAGACCUUAAUUUAUUUACUUAUACUUUUCUACAGAGAGUAAUGAAGAGAAGAAGAAAAAAAAUCAGUGAAAGCUCAUAUUAGUCUUUUAAAGUGUUUGUUGCUGUUACAUUAGGACUCGUUUCUUCUUUUUAAACCUGUGUUUUUGGUAUUUAACCUGCUUUCUGUUGCAGAGCUGCAGAUAGUCUGCCUAUUUAUUAAAUGACGCUCAAUAUAUUGUUAAAAUAUGCCAUUACAAUGCCACAUUUGUAUGAAAUAAUCAUACAUUUGAAUUGCACAGUGGUUUAUACACUGUGAUUACUUCUGGUACAGAACAAAAAUGUGGAUUGUUUUUUUGUUUUUUUUUCAUUAAUACAUUGGUAUGAACUGGUUGUGAUCUGCAUUUUUAGUAAGGAGGUUUUCAAAUUUAAGUUACCUUGCUGAAUGUGCCAAUUGAGAAAAGUAAGUCUUAUUUUGUGCAAAUAUAAUAAUUGGUUAAUGUAAGCAUCGUUAAGGUUUUUUUUUUUUUUUUUUAAAUAGUUUUCAAGUCAAAAGUAUGAGUGACGGUACAAAGUGUGUAUACUCAUUGUCAUAAAGCAGAACUCUGUUUAUUUUAUGCUGUCUCAUAUCUCUUGUUUGUGGAUGUAAUUUGUGCAAUACCUGUAUUUUCAUGUUGUUUCACUGUUACUUUGUUCCCCUGAACUACUUUGCCGCAAGAAGGAAACAGGCGAGUCAUGGAUGUGCAAAUACUUGAGUGUCGACAGCACUGAUGUUUGUAGUUUCAGCUAAUUUUAAUCCUACAGAUGUUACUGGAUGAACGAUUCCCAUGUAAUAUGAAAGUUCUAAUUUUU